AUGGAGUUCCUCCGUGCAGCUAUCCUUCUCCUUCUCGCCAUCUCUCUCCCCUACUCACACGCCGCCGGCGCCAUCGGCGUAAACUACGGCCGCAUCGCCGAUGACCUCCCGCCCCCUUCCCAGGUGGUACAACUCCUGAAAGCCCAAGGUAUCACCCGCGUCAAGCUCUACGACGCUGACUCCUCCGUCCUCUCCGCCCUCUCCGGCUCCGGCAUCUCCGUCGUCGUCGCCCUCCCCAACGAGCUCCUCUCCUCCGCUGCCUCCGACAACUCCUCCGCCGACGAGUGGGUCCGUUCCAACGUCCUCCCCUACUCCGGCCAGAUCUCGGCCGUCGCCGUCGGCAACGAGGUCUUCGUCGACCCCGCCAACACCACCGCCUUCCUCGUCCCCGCCAUGGAAAACGUCUACGCCUCUCUAGCCAAACACGGCCUCGCCUCCUCCGUUAAGGUCUCCUCUCCGCUCGCCCUCACCGCCCUCCAGACCUCCUACCCUUCCUCAUCCGGUUCAUUCAAGACCGAUCUAAUCGAACCGGUUAUCAAGCCCAUGCUCGGCCUACUCAACCGGACCGGCUCCUAUUUAAUGGUGAACGUCUACCCCUUCUUCGCUUACUCCGCCAACACCGACACAAUCUCCCUCGAUUACGCCCUCUUCCGGGACGAAUCGGGCCAGAACAAGGACCCGAACAACGGCCUCGUCUACAAGAGUCUGUUCGAGGCCCAGAUCGACGCCGUCUACGCGGCCGCCGCCGCCGUGGGGUUCCCCGACGUGCGUGUGGUGGUGUCGGAGACCGGGUGGCCGUCCAAGGGCGACGAGGACGAGGUCGGCGCGGGGCUCGCGAACGCGGCCGCGUACAACGGCAACCUCGUGCAGAGGGUGCGGGAAGGCGGGGGGACCCCACUCCGGCCGGAGAUUCCCCUCGACGUGUACCUGUUCGCUCUGUUCAACGAGAAAGGGAAGCCCGGGCCCAUGUCGGAGAGGAACUACGGACUUUUCUAUCCCAACGGGGAGAAGGUGUACGACAUCUCGCUGGCGGCGGCGAGCGGGGGCGCGGGCAUGAUGAACGGAGAGAGCAAGGCGGUGGUGGGGAGGACGUGGUGCGUUGCCAGCGACAAGGUCGGAGAUGAGAGGCUGCAGAAGGCGCUGGAUUAUGCUUGCGGGGAGGGACGGGUGGACUGCCGUCCGAUUCAGCCUGGGGCCACGUGUUACGAUCCUAACACGCUGGUGGGGCACGCGUCCUUCGCCUUCAACAGCUAUUAUCAGAUGAAUUCGAGGAGAAGUGGGACCUGCGAUUUUGGGGGUACUGCUUACGUGGUCACCCAGUCUCCUGCUACCAAUUCCGGCAGCUGCGAGUAUUCAACGGCAACCGGCAACUAAAUCCCCCAUAUCUAUCGNUAUAUCCAUGUAAUUAAUUAUUAUUUGCCAACUUUUCAAUUUUUAU